AUGCCAUCCGUUGUUGGAAAAGAGAUUUCGUUGGAUGGAUUGGGUCUGAUGCGAUUCUGCUUGCCCGGCGACGUGACCCCGGAAGACAAGGCGCUGAAGGUCCUGAAGACGGCGCUGAACGCCGGCGCGAAUGUCUGGAACGCGGCGGACUUCUACGGCACGCCGGAGUACAACUCGCUGCAUCUCGUGAACCGCUAUUUCAGCGAGUAUCCGGAGGAUGCGGAGAAGGUGGUCUUGAUGGUGAAGAGCGGGGUGGUGGAUAUGAAGACCGUGAAGAUGGAUUGUUCGCGCGCGGGACUCCGUGGGCUGUUAGAGAAUGCGCUGCGGGUGCUGGAUGGGAAGAAGACGAUCGAUGCGUUCGGGCCGGCGAGGGUCGAUCCGAACGUCCCGAUUGAGGAGAGCGUGAAGGCGCUGGCGGAGAUGAAGGCCGAGGGCAGGAUCGGCGGUAUCCAGCUGAGUGAGGUCCGGGCGGAGACGAUCCGCAGGGCGGCGAGCGUGGCGAAGAUCGACCUGGUGGAGGCGGAGGUCAAUCUUUGGUCGCAGGAGGUGUUUGAGAAUGGUGUUGCCGAGGCGUGUGCGGGGUUGGGGAUUGUGUUGGUGGCGCAUACGCCGCUGGGUGCUGGGCUGUUGACGGGCCGGAUCCAGGGCGUGGAGGACGUGCCGGAGCUUUAUUUGCAGCGGGGGUUCCCUCGGUUCCUGCCAGAGAAUAUUGCGAAGAAUGUGCAGUCGGCGGAGGAGAUCAAGAAGUUGGCCCAGGUGAAGGGGUGCACUGCGGCCCAGUUGGCUCUGUCGUGGGUGAAAUCGCACAAUGGGAGACCGGGCAUGCCGGUGAUUCUUCCCGUGGCGGGUGCGCGGUCUGAGGAAAGGGUCUUGGAGAACGUGAGCACCCUUGACUUGACUGAUGAUGAUUUCAAGAAGAUCGCUUCGAUCCUGGAGGAGUUUCCUGUUGUUGGCCAGAGAUUCCCGGCCCAUGCGUCCGCACUCAAUGAGUACUAG